CGCCCAAAUAUUUUGGCCUCCCCAAAAUAUAAGUAAUUGUAAUAUUUGCUUUCCCAAAUUUUAAUUAAAUAUUUACCAAGGGUAAGAAAUGAAAGAGAUAAAAAACAAAAAUUACGAUAUUAAAGUGGGGAAAGUACGAUAUUUACAAUAAUUACGUAUGAAUAAAAUCGGAAAAAGUACGGAAAAAGUACUUGUGGUUGGACCCGUUUUCAGAUAGGGUCAUGUGUUUCAUUUUUUAUCAAAGUGGUUCAUGUGUUUGAACUUCGUUAUCACAAGAGGGUCACACCCUUAAAAAGGGCUGAGGAAGACGAUAAACAAUAACUCCGAUAUUAAAAAGUGUCCGGAAAAUUAAAAGAAAAAUAGUGUAGAGUAAUAUUUUUGUCAUUUUUGGCUUUUUGCAUUUAAAUUUCUAGUUUUAUGUAUCAAAUUAAAACAUUUGUCAUCGAUAAAGAAUUGGAGGAUGUAUAGAAAAGAGACAAGUACCAUUUGUGGCAUUAAUGCAUGCAUGAUCAGCAUGGGGAACACCAUGGGUUCACCUCCUCCGCCUCCUCUCCACUGUUCUUCUUCACCUUCUUGGCAUUUGAUCAAAUACCUUGCUGCUGGAUCUUCUUCAUCCUCUGAAUAUCACGCAAGGCCAACAUGUACGCAAAUCUUUCUUGCCUCCUCCAUGGGAUUAAUCUUAGCAGCUGUUAUUCAUUUCCGUAUCAAGGAAAUCAGGGACCUGAAAAUCGUUCCAAGAAUUAAACUCUCUGAUUCCGGCCAAAUUCUCAAGCUUGAAGCAUUUCCUCAUUAUGUAGCUAGGCAAAUGGGAUUUGCAGAUAAGAGAGAAUGUCCAACCUUGUGCAAAUUAGCUUCUGAUUAUAUAAGAAAAACAGAAGGGUGUGAAGAGGACAUAUAUAAUUUCUUUGCGACUGAAUCGGGUGCGGAUUCUCUAUUCAUAAAGCUUGUGGAAGAGCUUGAAAGAUUAAUCCUUAGUUAUUUUGCAUUUCAUUGGAGCCAAGCUUCUAAUAUGAUCAGCCAGGUUUUAAAUGCUGCUGAUCAUACUGAGCCAAAGAAGAAGCUCAAGAACAUUGUAAUGGCAGCUACUAGAGAGCAGAGAUUUGAGAGGGUGACUAAGAAUCUGAAGGUUGCAAGAGUGUUUACAACCUUAGUGGAGGAGAUGAAAGCCAUUGGACUUGUUGGUGCCGAUGAAUCGCAAUGCACAGAUGUGAUGGUUCCUAUGGCUCACAAAGAUAGGAGCCCAGUCCUUCUCUUUAUGGGUGGUGGCAUGGGAGCUGGGAAAAGCACUGUGCUCAAGGACAUCCUAAAAGAACCAUUCUGGGUUGGAGCAGGUGGCAAUGCAGUUAUAAUAGAGGCAGAUGCCUUUAAAGAAUCAGACGUUAUCUACAAAGCCCUAAGCUCAAGGGGUCAUCAUGACAUGCUUCAAACAUCAGAAUUGGUACAUCAAUCAUCUACAGAUGCAGCAUCAUCUCUGCUUGUGACCGCGCUGAAUGAAGGAAGGGAUGUGAUCAUGGAUGGCACACUUUCUUGGAUACCAUUUGUGGUGCAGACAAUAACAAUGGCGAGAAAUGUUCAUCGGUGCCGUUAUAGGAUGGGAGCUGGCUACAGGGUGGAAGAUGAUGGAACUGUGACUGAGAACUACUGGGAAAGGAUUGACGAGGAACCUUGCCCUGUUGAUGGGGUUAAAAAGAGAAGAGCGUACAGAAUAGAGUUGGUUGGAGUUGUUUGUGAUGCUUAUUUAGCUGUUAUUAGAGGAAUAAGGAGAGCUAUCAUGUGUAGACGAGCAGUGAGAGUAAAUUCACAACUGAAGUCCCACAAGAGGUUUGCAAAUGCAUUCACAACAUACUGCAACUUGGUGGAUAAUGCUAGAUUGUAUAGCACAAAUACUCUUGAAGGCCCUCCCAAAUUGAUAGGAUGGAAGGACAGAGAUAAAACACUAUUGGUUGAUCCAGAUGAGAUAAAUGUCUUGAAAGUGGUGGGGAGGUUGAACGAGGAUUCAGACUCCAUAUGUAACCUGUAUAACCACCCUCACCCCGCUUACCAGAGUGGUUCCUUCUGGAAAGACAUUGUGUUGUCACCUUCAAGGUUGAACAUUCAAAAGGAGCUCAAAUACUUCAUCACCAAAAUUGAGCAGUUUUACUCUACACGUUAAGAUUAGUAUUUUAUAACAGAGAAUUGUUAUUUUGAUUCUUCAGUUGUUCCUGGUUCUGUAAUAUAGCUCUGAUUGUCAGGUGCUCUCCCUCAAUUAUUUGAAAAUAGUGAUCGUUGGGGUCUCUCACAUCCAAUCUCUUGGAGAGGAGUGCGGUAGCAGAAGGCCAUUAAGAAGCGGAAAUUGGGACUUUUUGAUGUGGCUUUUUCCAUUCGCAUAGCUGUAGCGUAGUUUAAGCCUCUCUCGGAGGCAGCUUGCAAUGGCCAUAAUGUUUUUAGCUAUUCAACACAAAAACCACAGCAGAAAUAUGAAACAAACAAGUUCUUU